AUGGGGAACUUUGACAGGACGAGUUGGUUUUAUACCAUAUUUAAAAUGGAAGUCACAACGUGGCUGUCACUACUGUUAGCAGUUUUAGCAUUAGGAACCACAGCAUCAGCAAGCGAGCCUCGCGUGGUAUGUUACUACACAAACUGGUCGGUGUACAGACCCGGCACUGCCAAGUUCAACCCACAGAACAUCAACCCCUACCUCUGCACACAUCUUGUCUAUGCUUUCGGAGGGUUCACCAAGGACAACACGCUCAAACCUUUUGACAAAUACCAGGAUAUUGAGAAAGGUGGAUAUGCCAAAUUCACUGGAUUGAAGACAUACAACAAGAACUUGAAGACGAUGCUGGCUAUUGGCGGCUGGAACGAGGGCUCCACCAGGUUCUCUCCCAUGGUCGGUUCCAGGGAGAGGAGGAAGGAGUUCGUCAGGAACGCUAUUAAGUUCCUCAGACAGAACCGCUUCGACGGCCUGGACCUGGAUUGGGAGUACCCAGCAUUCCGUGAUGGAGGGAAGCCAAAGGACAGAGAGAACUACGCCAAGCUGGUGAAGGAGCUGCGUGAAGAGUUUGAGAGAGAAGCGGAGAAGACUGGCAAGCCCAGACUGCUGCUGACCAUGGCUGUACCAGCUGGUAUCGAGUAUAUAGAGAAAGGAUUCGAUGUGAAGACGCUUAAUCAAUACCUGGACUGGAUGAACUUGCUCUCAUACGACUACCACUCUGCGUUCGAGCCGGCAGUGAACCACCACGCACCUCUCUACCCCCUGGAGGAACCCAACGAGUACAGCGUCGACAAUGAACUUAACAUUGACUACACGAUCAAGUUCUACAUAGAAAGUGGUGCCGAUCCUUCGAAGCUGGUCCUCGGUAUACCGACGUAUGGUCGCUCCUACACUCUGUUCAACCCUGAUGCAGUGGAGAUCGGAUCACCAGCUGACGGGCCUGGAGAACAAGGAGAUGCUACAAGGGAGAAGGGAUAUUUGGCCUACUAUGAGAUCUGUGAAGCUCUAAAACCUAAAACGAAGAAGCGUCAGACAUCAGAGGAAGAUUCCGAAGAGUAUGAUGAUGAGGAGGAUGAACCCUGGACGGUGAUGCACCCUAACCCUGAUGCGAUGGGACCCGUGGCAUUCAAGGGCAACCAGUGGGUCGGGUACGAUGAUGUAGACAUUGUCAGGAAGAAGGCUGAAUACGUCGCUGAAAAUGGACUUGGAGGUAUUAUGUUCUGGUCUAUCGACAACGACGACUUCCGAGGCGCGUGUCACGACAAGCCAUACCCACUCAUUGAAGCCGCCAAGGAAUCUUAUUACGCUAAACUUGGAUCUACCGACAACGCCAUCACGGAGAGGGCACUGACCCGUACCUCUACCAGGAGGAGGAGCAAGCCAAAGAGCACCACCACCACGACAACCACCACUACCACUACUCCUAAACCUUCCAAAAGCAACCGUCGCAAGCCUAGUACCAGUGUGACGAGCACCACUCCAGCUUGGAACAUCAUCACUCCUGAACCACCCACCACUCCUGACCCAGGAUCAGACUUCAAGUGCGUUGAUGAAGGCUUCUACCCUCACCCGCGUGACUGUAAGAAGUACUUCUGGUGUCUCGACUCCGGACCUUCCAACCUCGGCAUUGUGGCUCACCAGUUCACUUGUCCUUCUGGUCUAUACUUCAACAAGGCGGCAGACUCUUGUGACUUUGCUCGCAACGUGCUGUGCAAGAACAAGGACCCUCCUGCCAAGGCGCCGACCACUCGAGCCCCCACCACCAAAGCAGCCACCACUACCACCACCACCACCACCACCACCACCACGACCAGACGCCCCAUCAGAUUGAGCACCAAGAGCUCCUCACUCUUCAGAACUACCUCUACUACUACUCCUGAACCUGUGGAAGAAGAAUAUGAAGAGGAAUCAGCCGAAGAGCCAACUGACGAGGACGCAGAAGAUCCCAAAGUCAUCAAGGAACUGAUCGACCUCAUCAAGAAAGUUGGUGGUAUAGAGCAGUUGGAGAAGCAACUUGGAUUUGGUGAGAACAACCAGGCGAGCACAGACGGUGUCAUCACGACCACACCUUCUACGUUCAAGAAGAAGCUGUACCAGAAAGUGUUGGAGAGGACUCGUGGCAGAAACAGGUAUACUGGACCGAACAGCAUUCUGGAAAAUUCUGGACAAAACAGCCGAGGUGGACCUCAGAACGCUGGCAUUGAGCCUUCAAACGAUAGGGAUAAGCUUAUAAGAAAGGAUCGGCCACAGUACACAACAAUCAAUCGUCAACGAGGAAAAGGUGCAACUGAAGCCACUCCGGAAAGCGAGGAGACUGAGGAGGAACAAGAAGAAGUGCAGCAAGUCUUCAGAGCCAAGUCCGUGGAGACAGAGACCAGGGUCGGCACCACUGCCAAGCCAUUGCAGUAUGUGAACAUCAGGAGAGCCAGGCCAACCACAUCAGACACUGCUGAUGAUACUGCUUCGAGGAACGCUCUAUUCGAACGCUCAGAGCCUCUAGUUACUGUAUCUGACUCAUCGAACUCUCUGGACAUCAUUAGCGCGAGGCGAGAAAACACUCCUGAAUACGUCACAAUCAGGAGACAGCGACCGACCACUGAGGAAACUACCACUGUCCAAUAUGAAAGUUCCGAAGAAGAAGAAGAACAGCAAGAGACUGCAUUGGAAAGAGAAAUAUCCACACAACCUCAGUACACUUCUAUUGUACGGUCUCGCGCUACUUCCCGUCCCGAAGAAGAGCAGCCUAGCACUGAAUCCCCUGUACUUAGAGUACGUUCCACUACCGUAGCCACUGAGGAAACCAGUAGCCCUGACCCUACUACCGUCCUAGCUGUACAAAUAUCCUCUUUACUUAACUCUCCGAGCUCUGAAGUUGAGACUCCCGAGACCGAAUCGCCAGCGCCAACGACUGUAGUUGAAACGACCACGACUACCACCACAACGACUACUCAAGCACCGCCCAGUCCCAGCACUCGUCGUUCUCUGAUCAGACGACGUGGCUCCACCACCACACCAGCAAGUACUGCCGCCCCAUCAAGCACCACCCAGGUGAGUCCCAGGAAUUAUUCUUUCGUGACCCGCCGACGACCAUUGCCAAGGCCAAAUGAAAUAUCUUCGGAUUCAGACGAUUCAGCUGACGUAUCGCGUAAAAUCAGAUCUACUACACCCGAUAGUCGCGAAGUAGAUGUUGAUACACCCAGGGAAACCGGUUCCAGAAGGUUUAGGAGUAGGUUCCAAGUAUCUCAAAAUGCUCGAAGUGAUGAUUCUAUUCCCGCCGCUGCUUCUCCCGUUUCUAGAGGACAAUUUAAACCACAAAUUUUAAGCCCUGAUGAAGUUAUUUCUUUGACACCCAUUGAUGUCGAGCCGCAAUUUGUUCCAAGACAGGUUUCCAGUUUUAAUUCUAGAGCUGAUAGGCGUUUCCGUAGACCUACAGCUAGUCCUACUUCAGAUGAGAUUCCUGAUAGUGAAGGUUCUGCUGCUACAGUUGAAACUAGGCGACCAAAUCUUCUCCCUCGUGGUCGCAGUCGAUUUACAAUAAGUUCUACAACGGAGUCUACAGCCCAACCUGUUUCUAUUUCAUCAUUUGCUCAACGAAGGCCAACUUUCGCAAGAUUCACUCCGCGACCUUUUACACGAUCAACAUCAGCGCCAAGUGAAGUCGAUGAAAAUGAUGAAAACGCUGAUGCUCCUGAAGAAACUUCUACGCAAAGAAUUGCACCACGUCUACCAUUUGGUAGGUCUAGGCCAUCACCAUCAGCUUCUCCAAGCAUAGUAGCAAGAAAGUUACCAUUCCCAUCUCGUCAAUCUACGACGCAGCAAACUUUGUCUAAUGACGAUGAUGACGAUGAUGAGCCAGAAACCCGUAAUGAUGAUAUUUUACUAUCUGAAAGCGCCCGAGAAGAGAAAGAACACGAAGAAAGUGAAGUGGAAGAGGAAGCACCCAAACGCAGAGUUAUUGUUAAGAAACUGAGAGCACCUGGUGCAAGUGAUGGAACUGUUUCAACCGAAACAAUACCAAGCGAUGAUGGUAAAAAGAGAUUCAGAGUAAUAAGACGUAGACCUACUUCUACAACGGCAUCUCCAGAAACAGUUCUCGCAACUGAAGUCCCAACUGGACCCGGGCCUCAGAGAGUACGAAAGAUUAUUCGUAAAAAGAUAAAACCUAGCGAAGAAGAACCAGAAAUAACAGCUAAAGCAGUCGAUUCUCUUAGCACAUUUAGGAGCUCAACUACUGAAGAAUUUAACUACGGCGAGAAAACCCGAUCGACUACUACAACUACUGAAAGUGUGACAGAACCUAUUAUUGAAGAAGUAACUGAAUUUUAUAAGGAGAAGAAAGUUAAAGUAGAACUGCAAAGUGAAAAUGUUGAGACUACAACAGAGGUGACAUCAAAAGCAACUGAAGUUGCAAUUGAAGAAACCACAGCAGCUCCUACUAAUGUGGAAAGUAAUACUAAUAGUGAAACGGAAGAAAACAAGAAUAAAGAAAGUGAAACAGUUACCGAAGUGACAGACGCUAAAUCUGAAACUGAAACUAGUUCGAAUACUGAAACUAAGUCUGUAGAAGAAACUAAAGAAAACACUAAUGUAUCUGAAGGCGAAACUAAAGUUGAUUCCGAAUCCAAACCUGAAAAUCAGCCAGAUGUGGCAGUAUUAUCUGAUGGUACUACUGUAGAUAUUUCUGAAAAUAAGGAAACAACUAACACUGAGUCGUCCGUUACGGAAACUGAGGGUUCACAAACAGAAACAACUACAGUAAGCACAACUGUUUCUACUUCACCGUCAGGCAGAACUAGGCUACCUUACAGACCACGUAAAAAGUUAUACACCCCAUCCACAGAACCAACAGUUGCAUCUACCAGUAGAGUUUUUAGCCGUAAAUAUAAUCCUGGUGUAUACACAAGUCCUGCAACUGCAGACAGGCCUUCAUUCAGACCAAGCGGAACCACGAGAAGACCAUUCUCCUCAAAAUUGUUUACUAGGAGGCCUUUUACCCCUAGAACCACACAAAGAGUAGAAGAAGAAGAAGAUUACAAUGACGAAGAAGAAGUGUUGGAUGAAGAAACCGAACCAGAAAACCCAUUCGUGUUCGUGCCACCAAACCAAUUGUUUACAAGGAAACCUGAUUCCGAGGAGGAAGGCGAUGAAGCUGCAAAUUCUGAGGAGUUAUUGGAGGAAGAAGAAGAAGUACCUUAUGAUGAAGAAGCUGAAGAGGAAGAUACACCAUCAAGAUUUGCUCUUACAACACGGCGGCCAGGCUUUAGACCACGUGUCGUUAACUCUAACACGUUCAGAACCUCUACAUCAACUACAGAAUUGCCAAAGAGAUUCCCAAGCUCUCAAAACAGAACUGGUAUCAUCACCAGAUUCAGUAAUAAGCCAGCAGUCGAUGGUAAAAAGCGAGUACAAAACGUACCUCCAGGUUAUAACUCUCCUGUUAGUGCACCUAGACCUAAAGGUCUUGCUAACAAAAAUGAAACUCAAACUCAAGAUGCUGAAAAAGAAUCUAAGGAUGUGACAACCACAACUGCUGCAGUCACUGAUGGAGAAACCACUACAUCAGUUGAUGAUGAUUAUCUCACGGUUACUUCAACUAUAUCAACUGACGGUAAAGACGCUACGACUACUGAUGACGUAUCCACAACGAACACCAUUCCCAUGGAAACAGCAACUUACCAAAUGGAAGUGGAUGAUAGUACGGAUGAUUACUUGGAAAGUACCGAUACUACUACAAACCUACCUACUACACAAGAUAGUACUACGAAUUCUCAAACUGAAGCUGAAAUUAAAACGACAAUUGUACAAAAUACUGCAGUUUAUACCGUACCAAAUACAGAAGUUACUACCGAGCCAGUGUCUACAACUGUUGAGAUCACAACUACGACUGAGCCCAGCCCACCACCUCCACCCAUCAUUAAAACACAAUUCAACAAGCUGUUCUCUGUCAGUAGAGUUGUAGAAGUUAAUUCUAAAAUUGACAAACACCACUUGAACAAGAACAACGAAACAACACUAAUCGAAGAAGGAAAAAUAAUGGUCGAAAAGAAACCAGUUGUUGACAAAAUUGGAGAAGUCAGUAGAUUCAGUCUCAUCAAAAUUGUUGAAGAUGAAAUUCCAAUCUAUUUGACUAAAUUCGGUCACGUGUACCCAGUUGAACACCCACCUGAAAAUAUUAUUCGUAUUGACGAAGCUAGAAAUGCGAGGGCUUUAGUCGAUACUUAUCCCGACGCUCCUAAAGAAAAUCUGGUCGCGUCUGAAAGUAUUAACGAAGCAUACAGACAUGUCAAGAAAAUUUCCAAUGUUAAAGGUGAAAUCAGUCAUGUAGAACAUUUACCAAAUGAUGAUUUCUUGAGCUACGUGAACGAAGACAAUAAAACUGACAAAGAGGACGGUGCACCAUUCUCUUCAUGGCAAUUCGUUCCCGCAGCAUACGAGAAUGAACAAGUUAGAGGUGCAAAGAGCUUUGAAAUAGUAACACCACGAUCGAUGCUGACAAACCCAUCUACUUUACCUUUAGAAGGGUUGUUCAAAACUGAGAACCCACUUACAGCAAGAAAAGUUGGUGAUGACAAGAAUCAGCCAUUUGUCGUUUACUCAGCUCCAGUAGCAAGCCAGCAAGAAGAAGCAAAUAUAGUCAAAGUGUCCGUCUUAAAACCCGAGUCUGGUCGUAGUAUUUUGACAUUCGCCAAGGGCCAAGAAUUCAACGGAGGUUCUGCUGAUGAAGUGGCUACCAUUAAAUAUCCUGUUAACAUUUCAGUUAUUCCUUUAACUACGGAAAGCACAACAGCUUCUCCUUCUACACCUACAUCUACUCUAUCUACUGAGAUUCCAUCGACAACUUCCACAACGACCACGACAACUGAAACUCCUUCCAGUCCCAUCAUAGAUUUACUUUCCACAACAAUUUCUAGUACACAAGUUCCGACAACUAUUUCAACAGAAGCACCAAGCUCUGUAGUUACAACUGAAACAGUGCCUGAAGUAACAACUACUGCGAAAGCAUCUCCUUUGGACGCUAAACGUGCCAAGUUUGCCUUCCCAAGAAGACAAAUCUUGAAAUCCUCAAACUUCACGCGCCCCGCUAUUGUCCCAAGAACUGUUAAGAAAAUCAAUGCGACUGCAGUAUCUAAUCUGAACCAGAAAGCUAACAAAACUGCUUUCAGUCCAAGUAAAUCGCGUUUCACAGCAAACAGAGUUCAAAACGUUCCAAUAGAUGUUAAGAAGAAACCUAACACUCCCAAAGUAGCCAUUAAAACGUUUAUCACAACAAAGACAUACACAACAGAAAGCCCAAAGACAACGACAGAAAGAAAAAUAUAUUUCAAACCAAUCAGACCCAACUUUAGACCCGCAUUUAUACCAAGAAAAACAACAACACCGCCCGUUACCACCGGAGACACCUAA